AUGGCGGCCAAACUAAGCAAUAUUUCUGGCCUUGGAGACAACGACGAUGGCGCUCUAACAGCAGAGCAACAAUCCAAAUUAAAUGAUUUUAAGGUAGUUUUAUACGAGAGUUUUCAGUGUUAUACGAGAGUUUUCAUUUUUCGUUAAUCAAGCAUAGAAGGUUUUUCAAUUUUUGCAAAUGUUUACUGUAUUAUAAACAGUCAAUACAAAUGUUUAUAUAUUUUUUUUUAAAUAGAUAGAAACACGGCUUGCCAAUGAGAAAUAUUUACGAAACCAUACAGAAAUAUCACAUGUUCUACAAAUGUUUACAAAGUAAGUAUAAUUUUUGCUGGGUUAGAGGCUGUUGAUGUGGAAGCCCGGCUGGCCUGGUCACUGGUCAGCAAGACAGCCUGGUUGAUAUUUCACUAAAUUAUUUGGCUUAUCCAGGUUACCCUAUAACUUCCUUGACUGUAUAAAUGCAUAUGAGGUUUAAAAUCAUUUGGCAUUAGACAGAAUAAUAGGCAUCGUUAGUAUUGUCACUAUUGUAUGACUCUGUCAGGUAGGCUUGAACGACAACUUAUAUAUUACCCAAUGUAAGUAACAUAUAAGCAUUAUAGGUAAUCAUUCACUGAAAAGCCUGAAUAAUACCGUAAUGUAACCGUAAUUGAGCACAGACCUUUUGUUGAUACCAGUCGAUACUUAGUACUUAUUAUUAUUGACAAGUAAAUUUGUCUGCUGUUAGACAUCGUAAAAUUGUCUGGCAUUAGAGUAAAAUAAUAAAGCAGAGUGCAUCAGCAGUUCAGAGUGCAAUGCAACAUAUUAAGUUAUUAAACUUUACCAACUUUGCCUUCCAGUAAUGCAAUUUAGUCCCCAUCAAUUCUUUUGUUUGUUUCUUUGAGUCAAUUCCAUUCAUUCACUUUUUCAUUCUCACUUUCUCCACCCCAAAAGUUUCUGAUUGUGUGCAAUACUUUUUCCAUUUCUAGGGAGGUGUUGACAAAACGACCUGAAAACAUACGAGAAUUUGCUGCAGGUGAGUUCAAAAGUAGUUUGAAAUGUUCAUAUUAGGAUGUGGAGUAUACAAAGCAAACAAAUCUCUGGGUGGGUGGGUUGCCUCAUUGAGUUACAGUAAUUGUUGAAGAAUUUUGUUGAUGGGAAUUUUGAGUAUAAAAUUGACACUCAUCCAUCUACAAAACUCUUCAACAAUUAGUUCUAUUGCGUGAGAUACCCAAGAUCCUGAUUUAACAAUACACUUUACACGGCCAUCAUCUUAGUAUGAACUUGCUUGCAGUGUGUUAGAGCUUGACAACUGUCUCUCUGUAGCUCAGUUGGUUAGAGCUUGACAACUGUCUCUCUGUAGCUCAGACUUGGUUAGAGCUUGACAACUGUCUCUCUGUAGCUCAGUUGGUUAGAUAUUGACAACUGUCUCUCUGUAGCUCAGUUGGUUAGAGCUUGACAACUGUCUCUCUGUAGCUCAGUUGGUUAGAGCUCGAUAACUGUCUCUCUGUAGCUCAGUUGGUUAGAUAUUGACAACUGUCUCUCUGUAGCUCAGUUGGUUAGAGCUUGACAACUGUCUCUCUGUAGCUCAGUUGGUUAGAUAUUGACAACUGUCUCUCUGUAGCUCAGUUGGUUAGAGCUUGACAACUGUCUCUCUGUAGCUCAGUUGGUUAGAUAUUGACAACUGUCUCUCUGUAGCUCAGUUGGUUAGAGCUUGACAACUGUCUCUCUGUAGCUCAGACUUGGUUAGAGCUUGACAACUGUCUCUCUGUAGCUCAGUUGGUUAGAUAUUGACAACUGUCUCUCUGUAGCUCAGUUGGUUAGUGCUUGACAAUUGUCUCUCUGUAGCUCAGUUGGUUAGAGCUCGGAUAACUGUCUCUCUGUAGCUCAAUUGGUUAGAGCUUGAUAACUGUCUCUCUGUAGCUCAAUUGGUUAGAGCUUGACAACUGUCUCUCUGUAGCUCAGUUGGUUAGAGCUUGGGUUGCAGGUUCGACUACAAAUUUACAAUUAGUUCUAUUGAGUGAAAUGCCCCAAAUCCUUGAGUUUCAGACAGCCUGUCUUGUGAAGAGAACUGAUUUAUUUUUCAGGAUAUUUUUCUGACAAAGACCUGAAGGACAGAGUUCAGGAGGAAAAUUUAGAAAGUUAUGUGAGAAAGUUUGACCAUCCAGCAUCAGAUGUGCCACUCACUCAAUAA